AUGGCACCAAAACGCAAGAAGACCGAUGCAGCUGCCGAUGAGGAGGAUACCAUGGACUGGGCAUCCCUCACCGUCGCGAAUCUGAAAGCUGAGCUUGUCGAGCGUGGUCUCCCCGUUUCCGGCAACAAGGCAGCUCUAGUCAGCCGUCUGAAUGCCGCUGAAGGUGCUGUCCAAGCAGAUGCUCGCCUCGACCGGAGCGGCAUGACUGUCGCACAGCUGAAAGCCGAGCUCUCUAAUCGUAGCCUGCCCGUUUCCGGUAAUAAGACAACCCUUCUCAAGCGCCUGGACGAUGCCGAUAUUUUUCCCGCAAAACCUAAGAAAGCUAGAUCAACUGCACUUCAACAAUCUAUCCAUGAUGCACCUGCACCUGCUACUGCUGCUGGAAAUUCUACCUCAGCCGGCGAGAAGCGCCUGCGACCAUUCGUCGAAACUCCUGAUGCUGAAUAUGCCAAGAAAUUGAAGAAGGUCCAAACUGAACGCCUCUUUAUGCUGGAUAGGAAGAAGGGUAUCGACAAACAUGGAAUUGUAUGCGAGGAAUUUGAUAUCGCCGGAAGUACUGGAAACGUAUAUCAGACGACGAUUGGCAGAGAGCCUAGAUGUGUCUGCAUGGAUGCGCGCAUUCGAGGUCAGAAAUGCAAGCACAUCAAAUACGCACUGAUCAUCAUCCUCAAGGCUCCUGCCCAUCUCUGCUACCAAGUCGCUUUCCUAUCUAGCGAACUCGAGUCCAUUUUUGCCAACGCACCUGUUACACGUGCGCCAGAGCUUGAUCAUAAGCAUAACCACGCGGAUGACGAGACCAUGUACGCCGGGAAUCGCAAGCCCAUUGAUGGCGAGUGCCCUAUUUGUGUCUUUGACAUGGAGCCGGGGGAAGACAUCGUUUGGUGUAAAGCUGCUUGCGGUCAAAACUUCCAUAAAGAUUGUUUUGAGCAGUGGAGGCGUAGUAAGCACGGUGGAAAGGUUACUUGUGUUUACUGUCGCACAGAAUGGCAGGAAGACGUACCGAACGGACCGAACAGACCGCCGCCUGGUAGUCUGGCAAACUUGAAAGACAUGGCUCCGAAAGUUGGCUCCUACAAAAACGUAUCUCAUCUUAUGCCGCAAUACUCUCAGGACUAUGGAUAA